CAUCCUCAUCAUCAUUGACACGAUUCGACUCGCUGUAAGUCGACUCACUAUUUUCCCCAUUCACUUCAACAUAACCUUUCAGUUGCAACUAACACUUUUAUCCGUAAACAUUUCAACAUCUUUCAGCAUUCAAAAAAGUUCAUCUUCAUCUUUCAUCCAUUUUAAUCUCCACUCAACAGCAACAUUUUGCUCAUCCAAAAUAUUUAAAUUCCGCAAGGGGUGGUGCAAAAGAAAAAGAAUCAACUUUUGUCUAUUUUCAUUCUAUUCAUUGUUUCAUUGACCAUUCUUCCCUUCACUAUAUUUAAAUAAUGUGACCAUCUUUCACCGAGUUCAAGCUGAACAAUAUAAAAGUGAAAUUGAAAUUCUUGAAAUACUUGCAACACUUUGAAAUGUUUAAUGUUGUUCAGUUUAGUUUCAUUUUGUUUCAACAACAGUUGGUGACCAAAAGUGAUUGGCAAACAAAAUGAAAUGUUGAUCAACAUUUGUAAAGCAAUUUUGUUUGAAACGAAAAAAUCAUUAAAAUCAUUGAAACUGUAAACUUGGAUCAAACAUUCUUUGCCUCAUGUUUCACUGGACAAGUUGAUAUUUUCCAGGAGAUUCCAAGAAUUUCGAUUCUUUGAGUGAAAAAGUAUUAAAAUUGUCAUUUCGAUUGAAGGAAACUGGGAAAUGAUUGAAACAUGAAUGAACAUUUUAAUCCAUUUCAUUUGACCAGAUAUUAGUGAAACAAUCAAGACUAUUGAAAAGCUAAUAAUGUUGUCCAGUUCAAGGAAAUUUUUUCACCUUUUCAUUGCUUUACUGUUCAAUUUAAUUUCUUCAAACGUGAAAACUUUUCCAAUCACAGAGUUUCAAUCAGAGAUUACAGGCAAGGUAACAUUGAAACACUCUCAACAGCAACAUUUAGCAUCUUCAUUUCUUGCUCCAAUUUCAUCUUCUUCAUCCUCUUCACCAGCAUCACCAGCAUCAUCAGCGUUGUGUCCAAAUUCAUGUUACUGUGAUCAAGACAAUCUUUACGUGAGUUGUGUAGGUGAUGACCAAUGGGACCCAAAUUUACCCGAAUUACCAUCAACUGUGUUACGCUUGGAGGUUAAAAAUUACAAUAUCAACGAUUCCCUUUCAGUCGACUAUUUGUCAACUUUAAAAUCACUUCGAGAAUUAAAGUUGACUUCACUCUCAUUAACUUCCCUUUCCAAUUUAACCUUUUCCAAUUUGUCUAACCUGGAACGACUUGAUCUAAGUCUCAACCAAAUAACCUCUUUAGAGGCCGGCAUCUUCACUGCAACCAGUUACAACCUAAAAUAUCUUGACCUUUCAUUCAACCAGUUAACCUCCAUUGAUGAACUUUUCAUUGGAUGUGUUGCUCUUGAACAUCUCAACCUACAAUCCAAUCAACUAACCAACUUGACCAUCAACACUUUUCUAGGUCUGGUAAAGUUGACUUAUUUAAACUUGGAUGACAAUUUCAUUACAACCAUCGAAUUGGGUUCAUUUCUUCAUCUCACUCGACUUGGACAUUUAAUCAUUUCCAACAAUCCCAUUUCACCUGCAACCCGAUUCGAUUCUCUCUCUACUCACCUUAAAUAUGUCGACGUUUCCAACAUUUCCUUGACUUCCAUUCCUCACGGAAUCAGUCCAUUUAUCCGUGAUCUUCGACUCUCGGGCAACCAAAUAAGUUCCCUUGCUUCAGGUGAUUUAGACAAUUAUCUCUAUCUCAAUGUACUCGUUCUCGACUCUAAUGGACUAAGUGAAAUUCAACCCGAUUCACUUGGAAGACUCGAGUAUCUCAUCAAAUUUUGGUGCAAACACAAUGCCCUCACAACACUACCAAGUGACCUGCCAAGUUCCCUUCGUGAAUUGUAUCUAUCAAACAAUGCAUUUACCAACCUAAACUUGACCCUCUUCACUUACCUAGUCAACCUGGAACGACUUGAUCUAUCAGCCAAUGCUAUUGUCAGCAUCGAGCCAACAGUGUUUACCCAUUUGGUAAACCUGGUUGAGCUAAACUUGAGUAAAAAUAAACUUUUAAACUUGGCCAACCUCGAGUUGCCAGCAAGCCUAAAACACCUCGACUUGUCCUCCAACCAAAUGGUAAACUUUGCCCCACAAAUUUUCCAAUCAACACCAAACUUGGAACAUCUCAGUUUAUCCAACACAACAUUGAACAAAGUGACUUUUGAUGAAUCAACCAACAAAUGCAUUUACCUUGAACACCUAAAGUCUCUCAAUUUGGAUAAAAGUUAUCCUUUGAGUGAACACUUUUUAAAACUUUUAACCUCUUCUUGUGAAAACUCAAGUAACACUUCACUCAGACUAAUUGUUCCCAAUCUAAGUGAAUUGCAUUUAAUUGGUAAUCAUUUAUCCUCUCUUGGAGCCAAUUUGAUCAGCAAAUUACCUUACCUGUUAACCUUAUCCUUUGACUCUGAUCGUAUUGAUUGUUCACUAGAAGACAAUGUAAACCUAAGUAAAUGGUUAACUCGGCCAAAUGUGCUAAUUAAACCUUCCAAGGAAUCAAUUAAAUGUUGGUUACCUCAACAAGUUCGCCAUUUACCUUUAAUCAAAUUAAACGCAACAGAUCAACAGUCCAACAAUUUAGCGACAAUUAACCUUGCCUUAACCAUGGAAAACAACAGUUCAAAGUAUAAAAUGUUGCAAUCUAAUUUAAUGUCGAAAAAGUUGGAAACAAAUUAUUUUAAUGAUUCUCAUAAUGUUGCCAUUGCAAGUUUGCCGAAAGGCUUAAUUUCAUCAAAUUUACAAACUAAAUCCAACUCGCUAUCCAAACUGAGUGUUCAUCAAAAUUAUGCCUCAAGUGAUUUACAUUUAACUGAAUACAACAAUAAUAAUGAUCAUUUGAUAAAUGGAAACAUAAGUAUCAACAAUGGUAAACAUGAUAAACCUUUCAUUCAACUUUACCCAUCAACCGAUCCAUCCUCGGGUCACUCUGUUGUUACCAACAAUAGUAAUGAUAAUAAUAACGAUUCCAAUGGUUUACCUCAAAUCCUUACUAAUCUAUCAUCAGAUAAAACUGAUUCCACUGCCUCAAGGAAAGCCAUUGUUUCAUUUGAUAAUAAUAAUGAUCAUGAAAAUGAUGCACCGUCUACCAAGUUGCAUGUUAAUAAUAGUGAUAAACAUGAUUCAUUGAUGGUGCUCAGUGAUCAACUUGAUUCCAAUUCAUCUGUAAAUAGCACUAAUCAAGGGAUAUUUUCAUUGACCCAACCAAUCAAUUCAACUCGUCCAAGUGAAACAUUUAAACGUUCAAUUAUCAAUAAAGAUGUUCAUAAAGUUUCACCAUCUUCAUCAUCAUCUGGAUCAUUAAUUUUCUUAUCAUCAUUACCAUCUUCUUCCGGAUUAUCAUUUACCUCAUCAUCGCCCACAUCAUUACCAUCUUUACUAUCAUCAUCGCCAUCGCUACCAACUUCCAACCUUGUUUCAUAUGGAAUUGUUUCACUGAUAAUUGGUUCAUUAAUUAUCACCACAAUGCUCUGUUUUGCCAUCAUAAACAUGGUUAAAAAUCGUAAAAUUUAUUCAUCAAUAACCAAAGAUGCUCGAGUCGACAAUAGAUCUUGGUUACAUCGAAGUGUCUCUUACUUAUCACAGAAUGAUGAAGUCUCUUUCCUCUCUUUAACUGAUCCAGUAGAUGCACUCAACCCCGGUUCAAGCAACUACCCAAGUAGACCCAGUCUCGUGGAGAAGCAAUGAGACAAAAGGAAAUCUUUUUUACCAAACUCAUCAUUAGAAGUCAAUUGAUGACAAAUGCGAUUAUCAAAUUGUUUUUUUCCUCGACUUUUCUCUUUUCAUUUUGUUUUUCUGUCAAUUCUCAUGAAAUAAAAAUCAUUUUGUACCAAAAAGCCAACAAAUAAAUUUCCCAUUAAAGUUGAUUCGUAAUCAAA